UGAAGUCCGACCAGCCAAGCAUAAUGGAAGACAGAUACGAGAGCUGGCUGGCGAGGUACAACCGGACGUACAAAAGUAGAGCUGAGCAAAUGCUGCGGUUCGAGAUUUAUCAAGCCAGUGUCCUGUACGUCGACUUCUUAAAUGGGCCACGGUUACCGUUCGAGCUCACCGACAAUAGAUUCGUGGACAUGACAAACGCGGAGUUCAAAGUGACCUACCUGGGUUUUCACGGGAGGAUGAACCAGAGAACUGAUAAAGGAGGCUAAUGUUACCGAUGACACCGACUUAGACACGCCGGCGAGUUUUGAUUGCAGGAAGGAAGGCGCUGUAACUCUGGUCAAGGAUCAAGGCCAAUGUGGUAUAUAAGAUUAAGUCGCAUGUUCUGCUCCCAAAGAGAAAGUAGUUGGGUUUUUUCCGUGGUGGCGGCCGUCAAAGGCCUCAACAAGAUCAAGACGGGGAAGCUAGUGUCUCUAUCGGAGCAGGAGCUCGUGGACUGCGACGUCAGGAAGCACAACCAAGGCUGCAGCGGCGGAGCCAUGGACACCGCUUUUUCUCUCAUUCUACACAACGGAGGCAUCACUUCCGAGUCCAAUUAUCCUUACCGAGGAUGGGAAGGAUCUUGUGACGAGACCAGGCUUAGGAAUCAUGUGGCCACGAUAAGUGGAUACAGCAAUGUGCCCAUGGACGAGGAGGAGGGAAGAGAGCGAGGGCAGAGAGGAGUGUCUUUGAUUCAAUUGGGAGAAACAUCAGCCGUUUUCGUUGCUGGUUACUAUUUUCACCGCUACUCAAUGGAGACUCUGUUCGCCUCUGUCCACAGUUGCUGUCACCGAAGAGCUCAAGCAGUGGCUGUUUCUUCUCGUUUUGUUGAUUUCGAUCCUUGAAGUCGCUCCAGUGGUUGCCUUAUUCAAGUUCAAUCAAUCACAUGUAAUAAUCCUUUACUAGAUCCAACUGAAUUUGCUUUUGUUUUAGGUGAUUGCGAAUGCAAACAAAACCGAGAAGCCUAGUUGUGGUUCGAUUGAAAAUAUCUCCAAUUGAGGAUCUGUCGUUGACUUGAACCUGUUUUGAUGAUAUUGUGAUAGUUUGGAUGUGAAUCAUUGUU